GGGAAAUACCUGCAGAGCCAGCCAGGAGCUAGGCAGUUCCUUUCCGGAGAUCCUCCACCUCUCUGCAGAUGUAAAAGUCCCAUGAGGCCGGCUGCUCUGGGGAGUUCUAGGUCUGAGAAACUGUCCUGGGGCCAGAAGACAAGGGAUUUUCACAGAACUUCCCCUACUGUCUAUAGAAUGACAUCGCCUUGUGGUAGAUCUCAGUACUGAAGCCCUCACAAUGGCAGAACCGGAGACACUGGCCCUGCUGGACUUGAAGGAAACCAAGAUUCCAGAGAAGAGCCCACCACAGGCUUUAGUCCAGCAGCCAGAGGAAGAAGGUGGGAUUGAGUCCCCUGGAGCUGAGUCCCUCAGAGUGGGGUCUUCAGUAGGGUCUCCUAUAGUCAGAGAGGGGCCCGAGGAUGGUCCAGACAGCACAAUAAGUGAGGCUGCCACCUUGCCCUGGGGAACUGACCCCCAUCCCAGCGCCCCACUUCCGGAUCCCCCGGGCUGGCGAGAUAUUGAACCAGAGCCUCUAGAGUCAGAAGCACCUACUAAAUUGGAGGAACCACUCAAAGAUGAUGCCAGCCUGCUCCCGGAGAAGUCAGUUAGGGCCUUCGUGCCCAUUGACUUACAGUGCAUCGAGCGGAAGCCGGAGGAGCGCAUCCUGCAUCGUGAGGCUGGCCCGGGCGAGCUCAGGAAUUUCCUGCCAGCCCGACUCAGCCACCCUGAGCCUCCAGAGUGCAAGUGGGCUGAGGCAGUUGUGAGACCCCCUGGCCGGUCCUGCGGGGGCUGUGGAAGCUGUGGAGGUCGUGAGGCACUGAGAGCUGUAGCCUCGGUGGUGGCCGCCCUCAUCUUCUUCCCCUGCCUGCUGUAUGGAGCAUACGCCUUCCUGCCUUUCGAUGCCCCGAGGCUGCCCACCAUGAGUUCCCGCUUGGUCUACACCCUACGCUGUGGGGUCUUUGCCACCUUCCCCAUCGUGCUCGGGCUCCUUGUGUAUGGGCUGAGCCUGUUGUGCUUUUCUGCCCUUCGGCCCUUCGGCGAGCCACGGCGGGAAGUGGAGAUCCACCGGCAGUACGUGACCCAGUCUGUGCAGCUCUUCAUCCUCUACUUCUUUAACCUGGCUGUGCUUUCCACCUAUCUGCCCCAGGACACCCUCAAGCUGCUCCCCCUGCUCACCGGUCUGUUCGCCAUAUCUCGGCUGAUAUACUGGCUGACCUUUGCUGUGGGCCGCUCCUUCCGAGGCUUUGGCUACGGGCUGACUUUCCUACCACUCUUGGCCAUGUUGGUGUGGAACCUUUAUUACAUGUUUGUGGUGGAGCCAGAGCGCAUGCUCACUGCCUCCGAGAGCCGCUUGGACUACCCUGACCAUGUCCGGUCUGUUUCCGACUACAGGCCCCGCUCGUGGGGCUGAGCCACCUAGAGCUGUGCAGGGGGCUUUCAGCACUUCCCUGGAACAAUUGCAGGCCUGGCCUUUGCCCAGGCAAUGGACCUUUGACGCGAGGAACCUUGCUACUUCCCCACUGAGGCUCCAGCAGGGCCCAGACACCCCUAUUCUCUCCUAGCUGCUGCUUUACCCCAGAGGAUGAGAGCCCAAGGGAGAGAGUGGACAAGCACACUGCCUUCUUGGGCAGCUUCCCACCAUGGCACAGGGGCUAUGGCUGGAUGGUUAUCUCCCUCCCUAGCUUCUUGUGGGUCAGGAGUGCAGAACCACAGCCCAACCUGAACUGUCUGUGCCAGCUGUCUAGGUGAGAGUUAAGGAGAAGGAAAAACUGCCUAAGCCCAAGAGUAGAAGUUGAUGGCCUAUCAGAUGCUUGGUGAAAACUCUUAUAGGGGGCCUGGGUUCAGGACCCGCUACCACUGGCCUUAAGACUCUUUUGCCUCAGUCAAGACUGUUAUAUACAGCUGUUGUCUUCCCUUUCCCAACCUACAUGGGUCCUUGUAAACUUCUACUUUGUAAACUUCCAAGAAGUCCCACUGUAAGAGGGUUGGGGCAUAGAGAUAAAAUCUCCAAAAGAACUGUGUAUGAACUCACAUGGCGGCUAGGAAGGCAGAGCUGUUAGCCCAGGAUAUAUAUCUGUGAGUAUGUAAUAAAUCACUGCCAGUC